GGACCGGUCACCUGGCCCGGGGUACAGCUUUCGCAACUGGCGGUUCCCCUUCCUCAGUGGAGGCGUCCGGGGGACGAGCCUGUGUGAGGGCAGGUCCAAGUGCACCCUCGUGCAGAGAUGGCCCUGUCACUGCUGUUGGCCCUGCUGUGGGGCGGGUCUCAGGCUCAGGCCCCAGGAUUCUCCCUGCAAGUGCAGAGCGUGGUGAUGGUGCAGGAGGGCCUGUGUGUGCACGUGCCCUGCACCCUCUCCUACCCCCGGAUAGGCUGGACGGAGGACACCCCGGCCCUCGGCUCCUGGUUCGUGGUCGGGACAGACACGAACAAGGGAAGACCGGUGGCCACAAACAAGCGGGAUCAAGUGCAAGGUGGCUCCGGGGGCCGAUUCCAGCUCACUGGGGAUCCCCGGAACCACAGCUGCUCCUUGCUGAUCAGAGACGCCCAGGUGGAGGACUCGGCACAGUACUUCUUUCGGGUGGAGAGAGGCAGUUACGUGCGGUAUAAUUUCGUGGAAAGCCCGCUCUAUCUGGAAGUGACAGCCCUGACACAGAAGCCCGAUGUCUACGUCCCAGAGACCCUGGAAGCAGGGCGCCGGGCGACACUCAUCUGUGUGUUUAACUGGGCCUUUGAGGAAUGUCCAGCCCCUACUUUCUCCUGGAUGGGGGCCGCCGUCACCACCCCAGGGCCCGGACGCAAAUCCUCCUACUUCUCAGUGCUUUCUCUCACACCGAGACCCCAGGACCACGGCACCCACCUCACGUGCCGGGUAGACUUCUCCAGAAAGGGCGUGAGCACAGAGACAACCGUUCGACUUAACGUCACCCAUGUCCCCAAAGACCUAGUUAUCAGCGUUUCCAGAGCCAAGGCAUCAGCCCCAGAGCCCCAGGGAGACAGCCCGGAUCUGGAAGUCCAGAAAGGCCAGUUCCUGCAGCUGGUCUGUGCUUCCGAGAGCCAGUCCCCUGCCACCCUGAGCUGGGCCCUGGAGGACAGAAUCCUUUCUUGGUCUCACCCCUGGACCCCCGGCCCCCUGGCUCUGGUGCUGACCCGGGUGAUGCCUGGGGAUUCAGGCUGCUACACCUGCCGAGCGGAGAACGGGCGUGGCUCCCAGAGCCGCACCCUGAACCUCUCCGUGCAGUAUGCCCCAGAGAACCUGAGAGUGAUGGCCCUACAAGCAAACAGGACAGUCCUGGAAAACCUUGGGAAUGGCACGUCCCUCCCAGCCCUGGAGGGCCAAAGCUUGCGUCUGCUCUGUGUCGCCCACAGCAACCCCCCAGCCCAGCUGAGCUGGGCCCUGCGGGGACAGACUCUGAGCCCCUCCCAGCCCGCAGACCCCGGGAUCCUGGAGCUGCCUCAGAUACAAACGGAGCAUGAAGGAGUCCUCACCUGCCGAGCUCAGAACUCGCUGGGCUCCCAGCACGUCUCCCUGCUUCUCUCUGUGGUCUGCCCCCCGCGGCUGCUCGGCCCCUCCUGCUCCUGGGAGGGCGAGGCGCUGGGCUGCACCUGCUCCGCCCGAGCCCGGCCGGCCCCCACCCUGCGCUGGCGGCUGGGGGAGGGGCUGCUGGAGGGGAACCACAGCGACGCUUCCUUGACCGUCACCUCCAGCUCCGAGGGGCCCUGGGCCAACAGCUCCCUGAGCCUCAGGGGACCGCUGGGCUCUGGUCUCAGACUCAGCUGCGAGGCCCGGAAUGCACAUGGGGAACAGAGCGCCGCGGUCCUGCUGUUGCCAGAUAAGAAGGGACUACUCUCAAAGGCGUUGGGUAGCGGAAUAUUUCUGGGAAUGGGCAUCACGACGCUCCUUUUCCUCUGCCUCAUCCUGGUCACGAAGACUCUGAGGAAGAAACAGGCCCAGGCAGGGACUCCGGCCCACGCAGGGACUCCGGCCCAGGCAGGGGCUCCGCCGAAGCCCAAGGCCACGCGGAGAAGCACGAUCCUGGACUACAUCAACGUGGUCCCCAAUCCUGGUCCCCUGGACUCUGGCCCACGGCAGGCAGAGCUGAGUCCGAGAUGUCUGCUGUCUGGGCGUCUGCAGGAAGAGUUUGCAGAAUCUUCACCUAAAGUAAACACAGCCACUUAUUUUUACAGAAGAGGAACAGAAGCAGAUGUUCAGAGUGAGUUCAAGAGCAGCCACCGCAAAGAUGUCCUGCUGGGCGACAAGACAGGAAGUCCCUCAGGGCAAGGACACCACGUGGAGACUGGGCGCCAAUUGUGCCCUCCAACCCAUGAACCUGAGGAAGAACGAUCGCAGGAGGGCAUGGGAACCCUCUCAAAAUGUAAUGGCAAGCAAAGCUCACCAUGUACUCUGAAUCGACCAGCCGGUGAAGAGAGAAGAUGGGUCUAUUUCUCCGAGGGGAGCAGGUCCUUCCUCCUUCCCCGGAGCUUACAAAACUUCCUUCUUGUGAAUGAAAUGGCCUGAGCUUUGUGGUACCAAGAUCUCCUGGUGACAGUUUAACAAAUCACUCUGGUUCUCAGAUGAAGAUCACUGUGCAGCAAAUAAUGAAGAGGGAGAAAGAAAGGGGAGGGGGGAGAUUUUGAGAUGGAAUUUUCCAAGGGUUUCGUGAUGCAGAUAUUAUGAUCUCUGCUUUAUAGCUGAGCAGACUGAGGCACCGGAAGGCUCCAGCCGUGCCCAACACCACACGAUUAGUAAGAUUCAAUCCCAGGCAAUCUGAUUCCCGAGCCCAGGCUCUUAGUCAUGAUCCUAUAUGGGCCUCCUGGUGAAUUGUUGACCGGAGGUGUGGCUGGGCACCUGGGUGGCUCGGUCAGUUAAGAGAUUCUUGGUUUCAGCUCAGGUCAUGAUCUCACGGUUCAUGAGUUGGAGUUUCUCUCUCUCCCUCUCUCUGCCCCUUCACUCUCUCUAGAGCUCUCUCUCUCUCAAAGCAAAUAAAUAAGCUUAAAAAAAAAAGAGGUGUGGCAGGUACAGCACAUGGGAAGGACAAAGGAUUUGUCCUUGUGUCCAGAUUCUACCACUUACUAGCAGAGUAAGUGUAGGCCAAGUGAUUUUCCCUCUCGGAGCCUCUAUUUCCCCCUGCAUUCAAAUGGCGGUAACACCCUUGCUCAAAAGCGGGUUGUAAUGACUGAAUAGAGACUGUAAAUAUAGUGUAUAAACUGUAAAGCAUCAUUUAGACAUUAACUAUGCUUAUCUGAGUACAACGAAGUAGGAUUAUUUAAGUAUGGUGGAGAGCCUUCAGAAGAACAGAGAAUUUAUCUAUCGGGAUCCAAAUCUCACGUUUGUUGAAUGGCAACUAUAAUAUGUGAAAUCUUCUCAGCUCGUAAGAGGCUGCCCAUUUGCAUUAGCCAUGGCGCCCCAGUCUGCAGGGGGGUUGCAAACAGCUUUGGAGAAUAAGAUACAGAGCGAGGGCGAGCACUGUGGUCACUGUCUCCCGUGCUUUCUGUUCUUCCUCCCAUAGUCACCGUAGGAGCCCCGAUUGGGCUGUUAUUGGGUAGCUGGUGAUAUACCAGGGAGACCCCCUCAGACCUGUUUUGCCUUCUUCAGUGAGCCAACGCUCCUGGGGACAGCAUGAAGUACAACAGUGAAUUAGGUGCAAGGAUUCAAGUUGGCCACUAGGAGCCAGUAUACACAGAGUGAGGGAAUUAGGAUCACCCAAUGCAAUCCCCUCAUUUUAGAGACGGGGCUUAGAAAGAGGGACAGGGUCUUGCCUAAGGCCAUGCGGCAAAAUGGCGGAAGUGAAACUCAUACCCAGCCAGGUCCUAGAAUGGAUGAGUAUUGAUUGCACAGCAUGAAUCCCUUUUAACAAAUUUGGAGCGGGGAGGAUGCCGGAGGGGCUUCUGUUUCCAUUCCUGUACCCCCAAAUCCUGCUAUGAGAGCCACCUUUCAAAGUUUGUAUGACCUAGGAAAUUUCUUUUUUUUGUAAGUUAUUUAUUUAU